AUGUCCACCAACGGUAAUGGCAACGCCGAAGCUUCCACCAGCAGGAUAUCGAAUAUCGUCACCGGUGCUCAGAGAGGACGAGCUGGAUCACGUAGUAGAGGGAAAGACAAAGAAAAGGAGGAUAACAGUAUCAGAAUCAAAAGUCCAGAUAAUAAUCAAAACAUGAAUUCAAGUACGAGAACUACUAGUCCUCGUGUUGGCGGUGGCGGUGGUGGUGGUGGUGGUGGUGGAUCAACAGCAAGAAGAGUUAGGACCGUUCCUCCUUCUGCAAUAUUCGAUCCACCGACUCCACCAUUACCUACGAUACAACCAUCAUUUGGAAAUCUUCAAAAUUCAUCCAAUUAUAUAUCUUCACCUUCAUCACAGAUCCAACCACAACCCCAACAGCAACAGCAACAGCAACGGCAACGCAAACAACGACGACGUAAACUACGUUAUUCAAGCUCAGAUGACUCGUCUGCAAAUACCAACGAAACUGAUGACAGUGAUAGUGACGAUGAUGAUGAUCCACCGUGGUGGACUUUUACAAGAGGUGGUAUGGCUAAAUUACGCGAAAAAACAUUACAUCGACAUGGUCGUGACAUCGAACAAGGCCAGGGUCAAAGUCAUGGACAUAUCAGUGAUCAAUCGGGAUUAGGAUUAGAUGACCUGAACAGUUCUAAUAAUAACAGUACGGAUAAAGAAAAGGAAAAAGAAAAACACAGAUUAAGUGGUGUAUUCUCAUCUUCUGCAAUGAGCUCAAGGAGGAACUCAAAAGAUAAAGAGAAGGAAAAAGAAAAAGAUGGCAGUGGAAAUGGCAGUGGUAGUGGGAAUGGUAGUGGUGUAACACCUUCAUCAUCAAUGAAAAAUUUAAAACGUCAAACUCAAUCUCAAACUCAAACUGAUUCACCUUCUUCCUUGUCAAAAUUACAUCAUCCAGCACCACUGAGGUUUGCCCAUACACAACAGUUCUUUAGAAGGUCAACUCACCGUCAAGAUUCCAACACUUCAUUGGAUGCACCUAGUAUAAGCAUGCAAAGGACAAAAUCAGCCCCUACGCGUCCAGUAUCGGCACCUACUUCACCAAUACUCGAAGGUCCACCUUCGCCCGGAAUGACUACAUUAGUAGAUGGUAUAAGUACUCGAUUACCAUCGAAUGAUGGUCCACAGCCUGACAUACCAGUGGAAGAGCCCCAAUCACGAUCAUCUAGACAGGGACCAAAGCGUCAAUUGACAGCACCUAAUUUUCCCAAAUUCUUCAGACGUAACGAUACCGACGAAGAGCCAAUGGAAGCUCUGACAGACACAGAAGUGAUUCCAUCUGCAAGAAUGAGAACCAAAUCAUCAUUAUCGAAACCACCUAUGACCAAGACCGGAUCAUCGAAUUAUUUCAGUGCCGGAAACGGUAAUGGAACAAGUGGAAUUGCAACAGGUGAUUCGACUCCAGAGCAUGGUUCAUCAACACCAACCAGACCGAAUGUAAGAACACGUGCAUCACAUAUGUUGAGAAUACAACUUCCACCACCGAUCACGAACCGGUUCAAGGACGGUUGGCCACAUGCUGGAAGUUGGCAAGAUGCUCUCUAUGGAUACUAUGAAGAAGGUGAUGGAAGCGCUAUCAGACCGCCACGAUCAAGGAAGAAUACCAACAAGACGGAGAUUAACGUCUCUACAACUCCUACAGAACAAGAUCCGGUAACCCCACAAAGACCCGAAUUCGCUGUCAACGUAGAAGAGUCUGCUCAACAAGUUAAACCCAAACAAGCCGACAAUGAGAUCAAGCGGACGAAAUCGAGGAAGCAGAAACGGUAUAGACAAGCUUUAUUACCUCCUACCCCGUCCGGUCUCGGGUUUACGCCCUCAACGAGGACAGGUGUAGCGGACGAAUAUCCUUGGACCGAAGGGCAUAAUCCGGAGAAAGGUUUUGAUUGGGCAUCAGGUGCCGCUCAAAAGGAAGCUCAAACUCAGGCUCAACCAACUGUGCACGGCAACAGCAAUCACAAAGAGCGUAGCUUGGAUCGGAAUCUGGCAAGGCAAGACACCGCGACGACUGCAACGCAAAAAUCAAGCGCGCCUCGAGAAAGCAAACCCGGGUGGUGGAUUUUCCGUAGGAGUAGGACAAAAGCACAACGAAGACCAGCGGACAGUCAUUGGAAGAGCAGAUAUAGAAGAAUGCUGUUCCUCGAUGCGAGGGUGACUAUCUGGAUCAGAUUGAUGAAUCUCGUCAUAGUGGUUGUGUCGCUUGGUCUUGCAAUAACGAUCCGUUUGGAACUCGAUCAUCUUCGAUUACCUGGAUUAAUUGGGUCAUCCACAACACUCAUCAUCUCUUACUCUUCCUUAACCAUCCUUCACGUUCUCACGGCAAUUUAUCGAGAGUAUUUCGGUAAACCUAUUGGAUUAUGGGGAUUACGCUCUAAAAUGUUAUGGGUUUGUCUCGAUUUAUUAUUCGUCGCAUUAUGGUCAUCAGCAAUGUCCCUUUCUACCAAUGACUUGAUUGCUACCCCGUUGGAAUGUACCAAAGGAGCUGCAUGGUGGAGAGAUGGAUUGUCAUCUGAGUAUUCAGCUUUAUUAGACGAACUCAAGACGUUGAAUGCCACCCAAACCUUGGUCUCAUCCUCGACUUUUUCUCAUACUUUAUCAGUGACUUUACCUUCAAGUAUACUGGAAUCAUCGCUGGCGCACGAAGCAUGUAGAAGACAAGCUGGAUGUAUUGCUCUAAGUUUGAUAUCGUUAUUACUCUACGGUGGAAAUAUGGUUAUUAGUUUAUUCAGGAUUUUCGAAACGGUAAGAAGAACAGCGAAUGUUAGUAAAGCAGUCACUCUGUGA